GUGCAUGUUCAUAACAUUUUUCUAGCCGUUGCGUUGAAUCUUUUUGAUCGGUCAUUUCAUCUGUAGACUCCAAUAUCAUAUGGCAUAAUCAAUGACCAUUCCAUUAAAUCCGUUACCUCCGCCCUCUUUCUCUUCCAACACGAAUGCCACCUCGCCCGCUCCGUCCUCCGCGCGGAUUCCGACGCUUCUGGAUCCCACUGGGACCGUGGGUCUUGGGCAUUCCCAGACCCCGACGACCAGGAGGAUUGCUGCCUCCGCGACUACUGCCACGACCUGGACCUCCCCUCCCAGCUUGAGAGGAAGAUUGUCGGUUUGUGUUGGCACUGUUUUCAUUGCCAUCAUCAACAUCCAUCUCGUCGUCCCGCUGGGACUUUUUCUUCUGCGCCUGUGCCAUCUUGAUCUUUCCGCGCUGGCCGCGGCGGAUGGCAUCAGGUCCAGCAACGGCCUGUACAUACGCGUUGAUUCCGCUCUCGCCGUUAUCGCCGUCUCCGCCAGCCAUAUCGAUGUCCUCGGCGUCGUCAUCACCGCCUAGAAGCAGACGGCCGUCAG